AUGACACUGGUCCAAACAUCCGGCACGACGCAGGCCCAGCAACCGCAGAGACCACGCGGCCUCCCCAGAAGACCCCAGGUGCACUCCAGCAAGCACCACCACACAUACAACGGCGUCCGCUCCGUCCCCAGCGCGACCUGGGUAAGGUCCCAGGCCGCGCGGCAGGCCCAGCCCGAGUCCCCGAUGAAGGAAGAAGCCCUGGUCGUGCACUACGAGGUCAUCCUCUACUACCCCCGCAACAGGGCCUGCACGAUACACCGUACCCUAGAAGACUUUGAGCAGUUGCGGCAGAGCAUGCCGGAGCUCAAGGACAGCAGCAGUGAGGCCUCGGCAGAUGGCGACACUCUCGCAAGUCUGGAUUCGUUUCUCCGCAACGCUGUACGAAAGAGGCGUGACGCCGUGGCCCUUGAGUACUUUCUGCGUAGGAGAAUAGGAGACUGUCAGUAG